AUGGCGUCACGGACAGGGGCGCUGCAGAUCGGCGACAGCAGAGGCGGAGUCGGGCCGUCGUGGGUCGGUGCGGUGGUGGAGCUUCGGGCCGAGGGGAGCAGAAACGGCGUCGCGGGAACUCGGGAUCCGGUGCUCGGGCAGAGGUUCGAUGGUGGAGCGCGCGUUCUGCUUCACCCACCACCACACCGCCGCCCCACGCCCUACUCACCACCACCUCUUGGCCACCGAACCCCACCACCCACUGCUCGUCCGACAAGCCAUCUCACCGUUGAGCCCGACGAGCUGUCUUGUCGUCCGCGCCACCGUGAGGCACCGCCGCCGUCCCCAAGCCACCAUCACCACCUCUUGCUGCCGCUUGCUCGGCCGUCCGGCCAUCGUUGCUCGAACCGUCACCACCUCCGCCCGAACCGAGCUCUUCCCCCUUGGCCGUGGGUUGAGCCGCGGCUGCCGCCGUCUUCGGUGCGCCGUUCAUGCCGCCGUUGGUGCCGUGAGACUCGUGCCUUCGUCGCCGUCGCGCCACCGUCGCCGCGUGCUCGCCGUCGCCAGAUCAAGAAGAAGCUGGUGAAGAAGAUGAGGCAGAACAGGCCCAUCCCUCACUGGAUUCGCAUGCGGACCGACAACACCAUCAGGUACAACGCGAAGCGCAGGCACUGGCGCCGCACCAAGCUAGGGUUCUGAGAUGUUUUCAUGGGAGGAGGUGCUUUUGCUUUGGCUUAGAGCUUUUUAGUUGUUGCGAAAGAGACCUCUCGAUGCUUUUCUGAUUAUUGCUUUUAAUAUACUGUCUUUCAUUCUUGUGCCAAACUUCUAGUCUGCUGAAAGAUUAGGUAGAGUCUCAUGGGUUGAAAUCAAAAGAAUAAGCAAAUGUUUGGGGAUGGAAAUAUGCAGCCUUGCAUAUUGCAUUGGAAGUUAUUAGUUCUUUUGUCUAGUCCAUGGUCUUGUUGCUGAGGCUGACAGCUGCAUUUCAGGUUCAAAUGUAAUUUAUGAUGAUUCAAUGAACUUGCGGAACAUUCUUUGGCUUGCUCCAUUACCAAGCAGUUCCACUGAGUCUUGGUUGUCGCCAGGAGUCCUUGUGGUGCUGGAUGCUCGCCCGGAUGGAAUUAUAUACCAGGAUCUGAUCCCUGAAUUAUUUUAAGCGAAUUGAAGACUUUUAAGGAAGCAAAUAGCUGCUUAGAUACAGUGCUGCUUUGUUACUCUUGAGCACAAGCAUUUUUUAUAUCCGAUGAUCUGCGAACUGUGGUAGUUUCUGUUGCUUCAUGUGGUUUUGAUAGUAUCAGGGAUGGGAUUUUAGUGAAUUUUAAUGUUGCUUCAACUUUAUGUCUUGUUAAGCUUGUCGCUGUUACAACACAUUGUGUUCAACGUUCAGUGCCUUUGAUCGGUUCUGCUAA